AUGAGGUGUUAAUUUUUCUUGUACAUAGAAAAUUUGUUUUAAGAAUUCUUUUCACUGUAAUAGGUUGUAAUACGUUGUAGAGAUUACAUCCCAAAAUUUCAGAUGUUCUAUGCGUAGUUUAUAAGAUUCAAUUCCACGUUUUCAUAAUCAAAAUCUUUUUUUCUCUAGAUCUUAAUGAUACAACAAGGGCGUUACAUUGUUUUUUUCACCCUUAAUUUAGCAUUUCAAUGUUAAGGUAUUGGGCCACUGCUCUUGUUUUUCUUCUGCACGAGAUUUAAAAUUGGCUUCUACAGAAAUGGAGGCUUCUCCCCAUGCGAACUUCUUCUCCUCUCUCAAACAGGUGGAGAGAAGGAUAGCAUCAGAAGACAAAUCCAAAGAAAACCCAAUCCCCCAAAUUCACAGCUUUCCUCCAAGCUCUGAAUAUGACACAGGGUUCAGUUCAGUCAUUCAUAUCCAGUACCCAGCGGAAACCUUAAUACCACAAGGAGGAAGCCAGAGCCAACCACCUUUGGAGUUUCUUUCUGAUAAUUCACCCUUGCCCAACAACUCGAUAGAUUUUUCGAACCAUCAGGAAACCAUUGGUGUCGAGAAGGAGGGCGGUGAGUUCAAUGGAGAUGAUGGUGAGAUUUGGGAACUCUGCGAACUUUUGGGCCUGGGGAAGGAUGGUUUGUAUAGUGAAGAGAUUGAUUGUUGGGGAAUUUCUGGUGCUAAAAUGAAGAGAUUGAAUGGUUGGGUGAAGUGCUUAAUGAAAGAUGGGUUUGAGAAUGAGGAAUUGAGGUUGGGUCAUUUAAUGGUGGCCAAGGCCGUGGCUUUAUCCGGUGGUGCUUGUGAAUUGGAGUUUCCACAUUCAGUUGAGGACCUAUUACUCCAAGAUCCCCCCCAACUCUGUUCCUUGAAUCGUUUUUUAAUUUCUCUCUCUCUCUCUCCCCAUGACCACUCUGAACAGUAAUUGUGAAAACCCUUU